AACAACGUUUCCAAUGACAACAAGCAAAGCACAACAAAACACAGAAAAAAAGCAAAGCAUUUACACACCAAAAUUGCCUCUUCAACCACACUUUUCCGCUUCUCCUACGAAAUGUCCUUCUAUAGAACACAAAAAACGCCUCAACAUAAAAACUAACAUAAAUAAAAAGACCAAAUUUUUAUGCAUCAGAACAUAAAAUCCAAAGUGGGUUUUGCUUUAUCACAUUCAGUUUUCAAAAGGGUUGUUGAAAAUUGCAUAGAUUUCGAGAAUGGCUCAGUGGCAAGGUGGAUUCGAUCAUGAGGGUAUUGACUAUAUGUUCAAGGUUGUCAUGAUUGGUGACUCUGGUGUUGGGAAAUCUCAGCUUUUGAAUCGGUUUGUUAGAAAUGAUUUUCAUAUGAAAUCUAAGGCUACAAUUGGUGUUGAGUUUCUCACAAAGACUGUUCUCAUGGAUCAUAAACUUGUCAAGGCUCAGAUUUGGGAUACUGCUGGUCAAGAAAGGUAUCAAGCAAUUACAACUGCAUAUUACAGAGGCGCAACCGGUGCAUUGCUAGCAUAUGACAUAUCCAACCGUCAUUCCUUUAACCAUAUCGAAAAGUGGCUAGAUGAACUACAACAUCAUGCAGAUAAAAACAUUGUUGUCAUGCUUGUUGGCAACAAAUCCGAUCUGAGUUCUAUUCGUCAAGUAUCUAUUGAGGAAGCAGAAGACUUAGCAAAGCAAAAAGGUCUCUUCUUCAUCGAGACAUCGGCGCUCGACUCAAACAACGUAGAACCAGCUUUCCUUGGUCUUCUUUCACAAAUAUAUACAAAAGUCGGUAAGAAACACAUCACUGCUGAUGGACAUGAACCAAAUUGGGAUAAAGCAAAUAUUGAAUUUGAGGGCACGAAAUUAUUGGUCUCGCCACAAGAACCUGAAUGUCAAAAAUCUAAGAGGAAGUUCAAUUGUUGCAAUAUUUUGUAGAAUAUGUUUUCACCUUGAGCUACCUUUAGGUAUUGAUUAUGUGUACAAUAUACUCCGCCGUUCUUUCUUCCCUACAAUUUUUUGAUUCAUUUUAAA